CCAAGAUUCUGCAAUCAACCCCGAAAAUGUCAGCGCGGUUACACAAUAGAUCACGCACGAGGCGAUCUCGAUCUCGAUCGCCGCACUCCGAUGACCGCUACCAGAAAUACGACCGGCGAUCGGACGAACGAGACCAACGAUAUGACAACAGCAGAUACCGGGUUCGCGAUGCGCGACCAGGCCAGUCUUAUGCCCGAGGGAUGAAAGACCAGAUGCGGCUCAAUCAGCUGCAGGAGGAUGAGCAAGUGCGCGAGUGGGUGGCUCAGGAGGACGUCUUUGUCCUCAAGCAGGCUAAAAAAAAGGCAGAGAUCCGUGUGAAGGAGGGCCGCGCGAAACCGAUCGACUGGCUUACAGUGAUGCUGCGGGUGAUUGAUCCAACGAGGAAUCCGCUUGACGAUGAGAUUUCAGAUUCAGAGCUUGAUUUAGUAGACCCCGAGGGCGUUUUUGAGGGGUUAUCGGAGACACAGCUUAGAGACCUGGAGAAGGAUAUCGAUACAUUUUUGAGCCUGGAGUCGAAUUCUCAGAACAGGGAUUAUUGGAGGACGAUGAAGGUUAUCUGUAAAGACCGCCAGAAAACGACGGCUCCUGAAGGACGUGCGCUAAACUCGGUCGCCGGGGAUAUCAACAAGCUUCUCAGCCCCAAAUCCUACGAGCAGUUGCAGAAGCUUGAAGAGCAGGUCAGGAUAAAGCUGGAUUCAAACGAGCCUAUCGAUACGGAUUAUUGGGAGGAGCUCUUACGCAGCCUCACUGUGUGGAAGGCUCGCGCAAAGCUGAAGAGGGUCUAUCAAGAUGUCAUAGCUGAGCGAGUUCGGGCACUACGUCGGCAACAGCGCGAGGAAGCUGAGUCAGUCCGUACGAAGCUGGCGCCACUGGCGCCCGUGGCCCGGCAGGGCACAGCGAAAAUCAACGAGGAAGAGUUUCGUGAUCUGGAUCCUGACCCAUUGCUUCAGAUUCGUCCAGAGGACAAGGUAUACGAAGUGAUAGAUGAGGAGGCCUUCCUCGAUCAGGUGGCGCGUGAACGUCAGAAACUGUUGAAAAUGGGAUAUGUUCCUCUGCGUCAGCGCCAAGUUGAGAAAGCUUCGGCUCCUGUUGUGAGCAAUAUUACAAAUGCUCCCGUCGCCAGCAACUCAACCCGCUUCUCGUCCAUUCCCAACGAGGAUUUCUCUCAAGCAACCAAAGCUUUAUACGAAAGAGAACUUGCCAAGGGAGUCAGCGAGAACGAGGAGAUUUUCACCGGUGAAGAGUCGGUCAGCACGGGUGCACAACCCCAAUGGGCAAGCAAGUACCGGCCGCGCAAACCCCGAUACUUCAACCGCGUCCAGAUGGGAUAUGAAUGGAACAAGUAUAAUCAAACCCAUUACGACCACGAUAAUCCUCCGCCGAAGGUCGUCCAGGGAUACAAAUUUAACAUCUUCUAUCCCGACCUCAUUGAUAAAACGAAAGCUCCCACUUAUCGGAUAGAACGAGAGCAUGGAAGGAAACGGGGACAGUCAUUCGCCGCGGCCGGAGAGGAGGAUACCUGCCUCAUUCGGUUCAUGGCUGGGCCGCCUUAUGAAGAUAUCGCGUUCCGCAUUGUCGACAAAGAAUGGGAUUACAGUGCGAAACGAGAGCGGGGAUUCAAAAGCACAUUCGAAAAGCCCCAGAUCUACUAUCGCAAAUGA